CAUCACUGUUAGAAUAUUUGCAAUAAUUCCUCGCCCAUUUCCACGACAAUGCUAUCAAGAUGAAUUUUGUUUCGAAAACCUAGAGCAUCAUUUUAAAUGUGAUAUUAUCGAGAUUUCUUUCAGUUUGUUGGAUAUAAUUAGGGUAAUACAUAGGCGUCAAGUAUAUCAAGUUUGUAAUUGACGGUACAAAUCCUGUAGCCACAGAUCUCUGAUACUAGCCAAUCAUUAAAUAUCAUGCUUGCAAUAGGAAACAUUAGCAUAAUGUGAUCGGACCAUAAGAAGAUGAUAUUUUUUCAAGUUGCAAUAUUAGUAUUGAUAAUUUUACAAACUACAGAUUCUCAGACUUGCUCUACUAGGACAUCAAAUUUGUCUGGUACUGGGGACGAUGACUACAUUCAAGUAAAAUGUGUAGCUGACGAAGUCAUGACGUCAUGUAUGUCAUUCGGUGAAGAAGACUAUGACGCUGGCAAACGAGAUGGAGAGAAGAUUCUACUAGAUAGUGGAAGUGUUGUAUGUCGAGCUUUCAAUGGGAAUGGCGGAAAAGGUGUAAGAGCCUACGCCCGGUGUUGUACGUGGCUCAAUAUGGAAUGUUCAUAUCCAUCCACACUGUCAAGUAUAAACGACUUGGAGACAUACUUCGUAAACAGUGUCACGUGUCCAGAUGACAAUAUUGUAGUCGGUUGCAUGGCAUAUUCAAGAUUCUCGUGUAUCAGAGGCGCCAGUCCAGGAAUAUCGGCCAUAACCGCCUCAUCUAUAAAUAGUAAAGCAGAUCAAGAAUUAAAUAGCAACGUAUGCAGGGCAUACAGUUGUCGAUCUGUCAGUCCAUCGGCAGCGUGUUGCCGAGCACCUGGUCUGGAAUGUCAUGUCAGAACUUCUUCCAUGAGUACAUUGGCUGCUGUCAAUUGCAACCCUGGCUGGUUUAUGACUGGCUGUAAUGUACACACUAGCAACGAAUCUUCCAAUGAACCAAGUGGUACUAGAAUAGUAAAUAAUGUAUGUAAUGCGUAUGGUACAGGCGAUGAAGUGUGGGCUGUGGCCGUUUGCUGCAGGACAGUUGAACAAGUUACCGACAGUCCACCUAUAACAAUAGAUGAAAAACACACUACAGUAGAAACAGUAACACGUAGGCCUACGCCAAGCAGUGUGCCAAACAGUACAAGUAAGAGUCAGUGCCAAUCCUUAAAUACGCCUGGAGAUGCCGUCAUCGUAGGUGACAGUAUGACAGCCUAUUACAGCGGUGAUACCAUCGAAUAUCAGUGUCUAGAUGGUUUUGAACGAAACUUAGGGGACAAUCGGAGAGUGUGUGAAUUAGACGGACAGUGGUCCGGCACAGAUCUUCAAUGUACUAAGUCAGGUGUAUACGUUCCGCAGUAUGCAUUGUACAUUGCUGGUGGUGCUUUAUUUCUGUUAGUUAUUUGUCUCAUCUGUGUUAUAUUCUACAAAAGGAAACAUCUGAAAGAAGAAAAACCUGAAGAAAACUACAAAUCAUCGGCAUCUUCGGUACGCAGUGACCAGAGUUUGGUUUUCCAUUCCCCUAUCUACGAAGAGCUUCCUCAGUUUGCGUUGGUCAAAAGUAAAACAUUACCGGCACGACCACCGGCUCUGCCACAUCGCUGCCCCUCCUGCAGUGAAGAAAAUUCAUUAAAACGUCAUAAUACUACUACUAGACCAAGAAGCAUGCCUGUGGAUUUAAAGAAGAAGGGGUCUUUUUACGUAAAAUACCGCGGAAAACCUUAUAAUUUAUAUGACCUUCCUCCAAUCGAAGCACAUUUUGAUACGAACUAUGAACUACCAAAAUCGGACCCACCACCGCCCCCUCUCCCUCCAGGAGAGAAACGGCCAACGCAUUUUGUUCGCAAUCAAGUAGAAAAAGAAAGACCUAUUUCUUCGGAAAGUGUUGAACUUCAAUCACCAGUAGGCGAGCUGUCAUCUACGUCUACAGCAACAGAGAACGGGAUGGCCGGCAUUGCAAAUCCCGCCUUUAAGGUUGAAGAUUUUGAAUUUAUGAAUGGUAUAUUGUCAUCUACAAUGAACACACAAGUAUCCGAACUUUAGCAUUGUUGUAUAUAAUAUAAAAACUACCUUAUUAAAAGUAGGCCGAUAAAAAUAUUAAUAAUAGGAUGGAAAGUAGAAAUAUUUUUUAUUAAAAAUUAGAUUAAAGGUAUUCGCAUGGCAACAUCGGUGGGGAUAGAAAUUUUAAUUCAAAACAAUGAUUUUGAUAUUGAAUUAGAUAAUUAAAAUGAUAAUGAAGAUGUGGACAACAGUAAUUUCUUUGGCGGCAAAAAGAAAAUGAAUUAAAUAAAUAAGAAUCAGAAAUAUGUAAGUAUGUAUGUGUAAUCAUGAUAAUUCAUUGACGAAUCCAGACUUUUUUUUCGGGGCGGCGCGAGUGGCAAACUGUGGCCCAAAAUGGGCGGAACCUAUGUAGCGAUUAGGGUACUCCUUAACAAACGGUGGGGUUCAACGAAUCCCCGAAAACACAAAACGUUAUUAUAACAUUCGCGGACGUUGUAAACGUUGUGCUUAGGGUAUGCUAGAAAAUAGGCCCUACACAACGUUGCAACAAUUUUUCAACGUUAUUUUGUUAGAAAUGACGUUGAUGAUGAUGAUGAUAAUCAUGAGUAUGAUGGUAAGGAAGGUGAUAGGGGACAUUAACGAUAAUGACGAUAUGAUUAUUAAAACAAUUAUUCAUAAGGACCAUAUAUUUCAACUUUAACUAUGCAGUAAUGAUUUAUAUAAUGAUAUACAUAUAAUUAUACUUUGUGAAUGAUGCAAACGAAAUGAAAAUAAUGACCUUUUUGCUGCAAGGAAAGACAAGAAGAGAACGAUGAUUACGACAAUGACGAUGCAUACGAAAAUUGUGACAUUUAUAAUUACAAUAAUGAUAUCAUUCAAAAUGUUAGUAUAUUAUAUUUCUUGUCAUUUUAUAAUUAUCCUAUAUGAACAUUAACCCGUUUGGGAGAGCUUCGCCCCCUGGACCACGUUCGAAACCUUUUAAUAGAAGCUCGUCCACGGCCACUUGCCUUUCGUCGGGGAAAUCCUACCCCUCGUCGGGGGAGUCGGCCCCCUGUCGGGGACCUACCCCCCACCCCGUCUGGUGAAUCUUAGAGCCACCCCUGAGAUCAUCACAUCUAUGUUUCUGAGUAGAAAGAUGGGAAAUUGAGAAAAUAUGUUCGGUCAAUUGACAUUACAACAAUUAAAUACAAUUAGAAACGAGUUUGAAUAGUUAUAUAAAAACUAUGUUUAAAUGUAUUUUUUUUACAAAUAAAUAUGUCAAAAGUUCCUGUUUUUA